CAGCGGCAGGGUCUCCGCCCGGUGGACGCCGGGCGCACGCGGGUGCUUCGCGGUCGCCCGUGGGCUUGUCUGUUUCGCGUUUGUUUCAGGACGCGACCCCGCGCCGCGCGUGUGCGGUGAGGCCGCUGGGGCAGCCGCGGUGCCUCCCCCCGGAGAAGCGAGCCGCGCGGGCGUCCCGAGGGGAAGAUGAGCCGCACCAGUGCCAGGUCCGGGCACCUGUCGCAGCCGGUCGUGAAGAGCGUGCUGGUGUACCGCAACGGGGACCCCUUCUUCACGGGCCGCCGCGUCGUCUUCCACGAGAAGAAGGUGUCCAGCUUCGACGUCUUCCUCAAGGAGGUGACGGGCGGCGUCCAGGCGCCCUUCGGAGCGGUUCGGAACAUCUACACCCCGCGGACCGGGCACCGCGUCUGGAAGCUAGACCAGAUCCAGAGCGGGGGCAACUACGUGGCCGGAGGCCAGGAAGCCUUCAAGAAACUCAAUUACUUGGACAUAGGAGAAAUCAAGAAAAGACCAAUGGAAGCUGUGAGUACAGAGGUAAAACCAGUAACCCACAGCAGGAUCAAUGUGUCAUCUCGCUUUAGAAAACCACUUCUGGAACCCUGCACUAUCUUCUUGAUUGCAAAUGGAGACCUCAUAAACCCAGCUUCUCGACUCCUCAUUCCUAGAAAAGCCUUGAAUCAGUGGGAUCAUGUACUGCAGAUGGUCACGGAAAAGAUAACUCUGAGGAGUGGGGCUGUCCACAGACUCUACACUUUAGAAGGAAAACUGGUUGAGAGUGGGGCAGAGCUGGAGAACGGGCAGUUUUAUGUGGCUGUCGGCAGAGAUAAGUUUAAGAAGUUGCCUUACAGUGAAUUACUUUUCGACAAGUCGACGAUGAGAAAGUCUUACGGUCAGAAAACCUCUUCACUACCUCCAAUUGUAGGAUCCAGAAAGUCUAAAGGCAGUGGAAAUGAUCGCCAGUCUAAGUCAACAGUUGGAUCCAGCGACAACUCAUCUCCUCAGCCUCCAAAGAGGAAAGGGAAAAAAGAUGCGAAUUCAGAAAAACCCACGAAAGAGAAACAAAAUGCCAAGUUAAAGAGUUCACCACAAACAAUCCCAAACAGUGAUGAAGGCGUUUUCAAAGCUGGAGAGGAGAGAUCAGAAACGCGGGGGGCAGCUGAAGUCCAAGAAGAUGAAGACACUCAAGUUGAGAUUCCAGUGGACCAGAGGCCAGCAGAAAUAGUAGAUGAGGAAGAAGACAGAGAGAAAGAAAACAAGGAGGUGGAACAGAAGGAAGACUUCUCAGGAAUGAAUGGCGAAGUUAAAGAGGACGAAGGAGACCAGGAGAAGCCCGAAGCUCCAGAGCAAGCCGAGGAUAUCCCGGAUCACAGAGAGGAGCAGGCAGGUUCUGCUGCUCGUGUGAAUGGAGGGACCGAUGAAGAAAACGGCGAGGAACUGGAACAGGUUAAUAAUGAGCUUCAAGAAGCGGUGGAUGAGGAAAUAAAGUCUCAAGGAGCUGGCAGUGGACAUGAAGAGGUUGAUUUGGACCCUCAAAGACCACCAAAACCAGAAGUAAAAAUCACUAGUCCACAAGAAAAUGAUGACAAUGAACAAAACAAGGAUAAUUUGUCAUAGCAUGGAUGAUUUUUAAAAAGAAAGUAUAUUGAGUAUAAGAAAAAUGAAGGAUUAAAUACUUGAAGAAUAAGUAUAUAGCUAUUGCUAAACAUAAUGUGACAAUGUGGUUGAAUACUACCUACUGAAAUAUAAAAUUAGAGGCCUGACUAAUGGGAAAGACUAGAUAACUUUGAAGAGCUACUAAAGGAUAGUGACUUCUUUUUAUGAGCUGUGUUUUUAAAAGUCAUGUAGAAAAAUUAAGCGUAAUAGAGGGGAUUUUGCCCUGGAAGACAGUUGGCCACUUGUCUUUGUAAAGAUGGAAAAACAUAGGACCAUACCUGUUCUUGAGAAGUGAGAUUAUUGGAUGGCAGCUUAUACUAAAGCACUUAUCUAAGAGGGCUUAGAAUUUUAAAAACUGAUAAUAGGAAAGCACGUACUAUUUUUUUUAAAAAAGCAAUAAACUCUUGAAUAAACUUUCUGCAAUUUAGUUUCAGAGAUAAUUUGAAGAUGGCAAUAGACUGAAAUGUUUCUGUCUUGUUGACAUUCCUUUCUUUCUUCCUCCUUAGCCAAAAUCCACCUUAAAAGAACUAAAAGGAAAAUGCAAGGUAUUUAUUUUGGAAGGAGGAAGUAUUCACUCAGUGUAUUCCACGACAAUAUUGUCAUGCCCCUCCCUUAAGUACUGCAGGUUUUAAUCGUCCGGCUUUAAUGAUACACACUCAGGAAGGAAUUACAGAAUGGAACACCUAAUUGUAUCACUGAGCCUGUCUGGGUGGUUUACAAAUUCUGGUAUCCAAUGGAUUUUAGCUGAUCCAGUCUACCAUUACCAAUAAUACUCCUCUCUUCUUCAUAUUAUUAUAUUAGAAAACUCAAUAUUGGGUAUUCCAAAGAUUGAAUUUUCUCCAAACAGUUUUUUAACAAAAAGAGCAAGGCCGUGUAGUAGAUAAAAAACCUAGGCUGUAAGAUUUUGUUACGCCUCAGUUUCUCUUGCUUUUUAUGUUAUUUUUAUUAGAACU